CCUGACGAUUCACCCUCCCGCCUCCACCCCUGCUGCCUUCCUCCCACACCGGCCUCUCGCCCACAACUCCUCCCGGAAUCGCCGUGCCGUGCGCCGUGCCCGGUCGAUGAGGGUGGUUGGAAGGAGGACGAGAGAGAGAGACGGAGGGGUUUGAAGGACAAAACUUUGUUUCAUUUGCCUCCCCACACCCCCCCACCCCGUUGCCGGCAGCAAGCAGCGUGUGCUGGCCGAUGAUCAUCGCCUAGCCACUUCAGAUCGAGCGCUCGCGGACCUGUGCCGACAGGCGGUGGACACCACGAACCCCAGAGAUACAUUCCGUGACGUCCUCUGCCUCAACGCGCUUCGUUGAGCGACGCUCGGAGGAAGUGAUUUUGCGCUCGGAGCGUCCGACGUUUCCUGGCAUCACACGGUCUUUAACUUCACCUUCCCAGCUUUGGUAACCCCACACGGACUGCAAAUAGUCUCUGGAGAGAACUGCAGCAGGAAUCGAAACUGUGGGACAACGUUGGAGCCCUGUGACUACUGACGCCACUCGGCACGCACCCCUCUCCCCUCCUCCCGUCGUCCACCAGCGCUCGCCACCCACCCAACCCACCCACCCACUGACACCACACCCACCACCCACUCAUUGGCCCACCGACCCACCGACCCACAUGGAGCCGAGGAGCGGUCCUCCGCACGGCCACAACGACCGCCGUGCGGAGCCUGACGAGGAGCUGGCAGGCCGUCUCGAGCGCUGCAGCAUCACCUCGUCGCUCUCGUCGCUCUCGUCGCUCUCGUCGCCCUCGUCACCCACGUCGCCCCCCGGUGGCUCCGGAGCCAGUGACGAUGGCGGCGGAGAAGAGCGCAGCGUCAGGGUGACGCUCAGCACUUUCAGUGAGGCGUGCACGCGCCGGACGGGCAGCCAGCAGAUGAUCCCCAAGUCGCUGGCGACCGCCACCGCCGCCGUCGCCACGGCCACGGCCGCCAAGAAGGGGAGGUCGGCCUCCUCCGCGUCGGCCUUCUCCAAGAAGGGGGUGCCCGCGCUCAAACCGCUCGUCCCGAGGGGCCACAGGGCCACGGUGGCAGUGCAGUUUCCGGUGAACUCCGGCGGGUCGGCGGCGGGGUGGAUGGGACAGGUGGGGCAGGUGGGGCAGGUGGGGCAGGCGGGGCAGGCGGGGCACGCGGGCUCUGGCAACGUCCGGGUUGCGGGCGGCGUGAGGGAUAGGAGAGAGGAGGUGGCGGUGGUGGAGCGGGGCAGGGACGACGAUCGCGGGGAGCACGACGAGCCCGAGGAGGAGUCGGAGGGGAAGCCCGACGCGGGAGGCGACGACGACGUCGACGGGUUUGGGCCGGGGCUGUCGCGGGGGCUGCGCGCCCAAUCGUACCGCCGCGCCGUCGACUUCAGCGACGUGAUCGAGGGCCGCGGCCGCCGCGGCGGCGGCAGGCCCGGCGGCAAGGGCCCGCUCGAGGCCCUGUCCGAGGAGGAGCAGCCGGCCGCCGCGACGGCGGUCACGGUGGCGACGACCAAAACCCGCGGCAAGGUCAAGGGAUUCCAGAUCAUGGACAGACCACUGAGGAGGAGAAACACCUUCGACAAAAAUCCGGGCCUCUACCAGAACUUCACGGAGAAGGGGCUCUUGGUGAGCGACGCGCUGCGGGAGAAUGUGGAGGCCGAAGAGGCGGAGGAGGCCACCGAGAGGAGCUUCCAGAGCGUGGGCCUGCCCCGGGCGGGAGGAGAGGAGGAGGACGUGGAGACGGAGGAGGUGGCGGUGGCGGAACCGGAGUCGCCAAAUCCCAGGAUCAUCAUCAAACACCGGCCCUUCCGCACCACCUGGAGCCAGCUACCAGAGGUGCGAGGCAGCAUGGUUCUGCACCAGCUGACGGCCGACGAGCGCAAGAGGCAAGAGGUGAUAUUCGAGAUCAUCACCUCGGAGCACUCGUACCUGCACAGCCUGGAGGUGAUGAUCGGCCUCUUCAAGGAGUCGAGCGAGCUCAAGGUGACGAUGAGCAAGCUGGAGCACCACCACCUCUUCUCCAACGUCACCGACAUCCGCGACGUCAGCAAGCGGUUCUUCAACGAGCUGGAGGCGCGCCACCAGGACAACGUCGUCAUCGAGGACAUCAGCGACAUCGUGGAGACGUACGCGGCGCAGCACUUCCAGCCGUACGUCACGUACUGCACCAACGAGACCUACCAGCAGCGCACGCUGCAGAAGCUCUGGAGCUCGAACCCCCAGUUCAAGGAGACGCUGCGCAAGAUUGAGAUGAAGCCGGAGUGCGGGGGGCUGCCCAUGAUCUCCUUCCUCAUCCUGCCCAUGCAGCGCAUCACGCGGCUGCCCCUGCUCAUGGACACGAUUUGUCAGAAGUCCAAGCCGAACACCUUCCAGUACGAGACGGCGAAGCUUGCGCUGAAGUCCGUGAGCAAAGUGGUGAGGGACUGCAACAAUGGAGCCAAGCGGAUGGAGCACACCGAGAUGAUGUUGACCCUGCAGACUCAGCUCGAGUUCAAAAUCAAGCCGUUCCCGUUAGUUUCCGCGUCGCGGUGGCUGCUGAAGCGCGGGGAGCUCGCCACCUUCGAGGAGGAGUCGAGAAUCUUCCGCAAGAGCCACAACAAGCAGCUGGUGCAUCUCUUCCUCUUCACCGAUGUCCUCAUUGUCACCAAGAAAAAGAGCAACGAGAGCUACCUCGUCACGGACUACGCCCUACGCAAGAACGUGGACGUGGUGGCCAUCAGCGGGGAGGAGCUCGCUACGCAGGGUCAGGCCGGGGUCGCGGGGUCGCGGCCGUCUGCCGGGGAGGGGGGCGGUGGCGGUGGGCGGCAGGGCUCGGCCAACCACCUCUUCACGGUGACGAUGAGGGAGAACCACGCUGGCGAGCACGUGCAGCUGGUGUUCGUGGCCGAGCUGCUGAGUGACCGGGCGCGGUGGAUCACCGGCAUCCGGGAGAGCCGGCAGGAGGAGCCGGACCUCGUGCGCAAGACCAAGGAGCUGGAGAGCCGCCCGCAGGUGGAGGCCGUCAAGACGUACGGAGCCAAGCACCCUGACGAGCUGAGCCUGCAGAGCACCGACGUCGCCAUCGUCUUCCAGAAGGUCCUCGACAACGGCGAGUCGGGCUGGUACGAGGGCGAGCGCCUGCGCGACGGCGAGCGGGGCUGGUUCCCGACCCAGUGCGUGCGGGAGAUCACCAACGAUGACACCAUCAAGAGCAACCUGCGGCGUCUCGAGCGCCUCAUGGGCAUCGAGACCGUCGUGUGACGCCUGCACCUAGCCUGGCACUGCCAGCGAGGGUCUCGACGGCCGCGGUGUUGUCGCCACCCUCGCCCCGCGCCGCUUCCACCGUGUCGGUGCCGGACGGCCCCGAUCAACGCCGGCGUUGGCGUCGCCCGUGACGUCGAGGGGGCGGAUAAGGACGCUUGACAUUCGGAGGAAUUCUCAGCCGAAGGAGCAAAAAUGGUUUCAGUGUUUUUUUUAAACCGGCGGUGCUCCUGGAACGUUAUUUUAUGAAACCUCAAAGUGAUCAGAUCAAUUUUGCACACGCACACGUGUAGACAUGCAUGUAAAGAGCGCCGGCCAUUGGGGGGGGGGGGGGGGGGGGUGAGAGGCCUGGGGCAAAUCCCACUUCAAACUAAACUGGAAGUAUUACAUCUGACACCGUGACGUCGAAGCGCUGUGCUCCCCAAAGCGAGGGGCCCGGGGCGGUCACCCCUCGGGACGUCUCUGCAAACACAUUUACACACACACACAUAUAUACACAACAACAACAACAACAACCGCCAUUCGCCACUAAGUGGCGGUGACGUCACCACGAUGCUUGUGCCAGGCCAAGUGCACCUUGAGGCCACGUGAAGUGUCGAAAGCCCGCUGGCAGGAGGUCACGGGGCAGACCCAGGUGCCACUGGUCGACUGACCGAGAUGACCGAGAUGACUGGCUGAUGCACCACCUGUGCCCCCUACUGUGCCAACUUGCUGUGCUUUAGCCACCCGGCGCUCCGCUCGUUGUUGUGAGCGUCGCUCCUCCGCCCUCCGUUGUUGUUGGAGGGCGACUGCCUCCAACUGCCCAGUAGCGUCCUUCACGAGCCUCCUCCACUGAGGCCGAUCUUGACACCGCUGGUACCAGUCAUCGGCAAGUCCACUCAGCUCCACGUCCUCCUGUACCACAUCACUCCAUCUCUUCUCCAGCCCGUGCCGCGCCCGUCUAGCCCCCUCGAUCCGGCCGAACAAAAGCUGUUUAGGCAUGCGGUGGCUGGGCAUGCGGGCUACAUGACCCAGCCAACGCAGCCUUGCCUGCCGGAGGAGCUCACUGAUGGGACUUUGCCCAGAUCUUUCAAGGAUUUGUGAGCUCCUCACACAAUCCAGCCUGGUUAAACCCAGGAUGGAUCGUAGGCAGGCCAGCCUAAAUGUUUCCAACCGGCGAAGAUGCUCCACCAGGGGGGUCCACGUCUCGCAAGCGUAGAGAAGGGAGGGAAUGACCGUGGCCGAGAAGACCUGAAGCUUCGUGCGGAGCGACAGACCAGGUAGCUUCCACACAGCGUUACGCAACCGAUGAAAAGAUAUUGCCGCUCGACUGAUUCGGAGUGAGACCUCUGCUGAUAGACUGGAGCCGGUCAUAAGCACACUGCCCAGGUAUGGGAAACUCUCCACUCUCUCCACAACUGCCCCAUCACCAAUUGGGAGUUGUGGGGGUGGAGUGUCCGAUGGUACAAAAUACCCAGGCAGGUGCUUGGUUUUGGUGGGGCUGAUGGUAAGGCCCCACCUCUUAGUGGCACGCUCCAGUCUCAGCAGCAGCGCCUCCAACUCCUCUUCUGAAUGAGCAGCUAUUACCAAAUCAUCGGCAUACAUAACGUGGUUGACCAAUAGGGAGCCAUCCCUUGAUCGCACCCGGGCGUCGAUCAGCCUCCCAUUAUAUCUGUACCAAACGGAAAUUCCCCCGGUACAGCUAUUGAAGGCUUCACGAACUACGCGGUCAAAAUAGAUGUUAAAUAAUGUGGGAGCCAGAGGACAUCCCUGUCGCACCCCAAGGUGUACAGGGAAAGGCUCCGACUCCCGGCCACGUAGUUUUACCCGGGCCCGCUCACCACACACACACACAUAUACACACACACAUACACACACAUAAGUUCCACCAAUUAGCUUUUAACAGACUAGUGGGGAAGGCAAGUGCCCAAGUGAAUGCACACAGAUCCAUGCAGUUGGCGCUUCCGCAGUAACGACGGCACCACGAGCUGGGUGCGCUCUGAAGUCACGUGACACGUUGAAGCCACUUGUACAACAACCGCCAUUUGCCACUAAGUGGCGGUGACGUCACCAUGACGCUUGUGCCAGGCCAUGUGCACCUUGAGGCCACGUGAAGUGUUGAACGCCCGCUGGUAGGAAUGUCACAGGGCAGACCCAGGUGCCACGGGUCGACUGACUGAGAUGAUGAUAUGAACGCGUGUGUGUACAAGUGGACAGUCCACUUGUACACACACGUGUCCAUAUACAUACAAACACAAAACUACGACUGCAUUCUUUGUAAGCCUCACUCGACCAUACUGGCAAGUGCGAUUAGACUAAUUAGGGCCGACAGUGUAGAAGGUGGUGAUGUGGCCAGCACCAUUCCUGGCCACCUUUGUCUCCCCACUGGUGACGAGUAUACACUGGCACCAGCUACAGUGCUCAUUGAAGUCCCACGAGCCCUGGCUGGGAAUCUAUAAAGCGGGUUACUCCUGGCUGGGUUGGUCACGCAGCAGUGCCGCUCAUCACGACACGACCACAUGCACACACACAAAGACCCCCCGUAUAGCCUUCAUAGGCGGUAGGGGCAAGUGCCGUUAGCGAGCACCUAUAAAGAUCAGCACGGCACACGAGGUGUGUGGCCAACAACACGCCCGGCCGCCUUUGUCUCCCCAGUGGACCUCGGGGAGGUCCAGGACCGGUUCAGAUAAUCGUCACCGGUGUUGGCCGUGAGCGGGAAUCGAACCCGGGUCGCCGGGUUCGUAGCGCAGCGUAGCGCUAACCGCUACAAUACCGCUCCCCACACACACACCUACACACGCGUGCACAAACACAGUUGAAGUGAGAUGCUUAGACUGUUAUUUAAUUACAAUGUAACAAUGCCACAUUGUGUUCAGGUUCCCUUCCCCCGCCUCACCUCCGAUCGGCACGGGUGGCUACCUGCCGUGCUAAACAAGGCCAACGUCCACACGACACCAUCCAUUUCAAUGUUGCAUUUUACUUUCGACGCUUCCUCUUUAAGAAGCCUCACGAGGUCUUAUUUGUAUAUUUUGUGCUGUUGACUGUAAAGAGAGCGCUGGUUGGAGGGGUGGCUUCGACUGGUCUCGGAAAUGCACUGAUGCUUGCGAGUUGUAAUAUUGUACGUGAUACUUAACCCUGCGCUCACACAAUCAUUAUGAAGACGAUUUCCUGCUGAAAUGAGCAUGAGGUGGUCGGUGCUCAUCUGUUUACAGCGCCUGAGCUAGUAGUGGGUGGGAAUCCCAGUCCUUUGACGUCCCCGUAAAGUGGUACCCGUUUUUAUCGACCCUGAAGAGAUGAUGACUCAAUCCUCAACCAGGAAUUGAACGUGCACCCUUCUGAUUGUGAGUUCACCCGACCGCAGAGGCAAGUGGCAGAAUAAUCGCAUUUCUGUAAAUGCAACAUAUUUGCAAUACGCUUUGGGCAGGAACAUGUCUUCGGUUAAUUAUGAACUAUAUAUAUUGUGAAUAAAGGUCGUUAAUGACUUAGACGUCAACCCCCAACUGUUGGGAAAGCCUGUGGGAUGAACAAUGCGUCAAAGUUACCACUAACUCUGAGCUGACUUUGUCUACGUGCCAGUUCACCCCUCCCAAGUGGAGUGGUUUGCUCCGAUUUUAACAGAGUCUGUUCAGUGUGGAAUGUACCAUGUGCUGUGGGCGAUUUAGGCAGGGGUGUGGAAAUGUGUUGAAUUCUGGGUUGUCACUGCUUGAGCUUUCGGAACAAUUUUUUAAAAAACAUUCUCAUUGUUGAUAAAACUGCUACCAGAAUUUUUUUGUUCCACAGAUAAAAAUAUGCAUUUUAUUUAUUUGCCUUUAAUAAUAAUUGCUGGGAUUAGCUUAGGUGCGGUUUUCCGUCGACUCUGAAUGUAUUGAAACCCGCCCGCCUCGCGUGUUCCACGCAGCUGAAGCCUUAAUUCAUGGCUGCGUGUUCUUCAUCCACAACGAGAGCAGCCUCGGGACUCACUCUCAGGAGGGUCUUGUCUGAGGGUGUUGGGCCAAUUGCCAUCGAGGAGCGCUCGUUUCACUUGCGGGCUCUCCCCACUCGCACACCGCGUGGGGUAAUUACGCUGGCAAGCUCUGCCCGGGUGGAUGGCACGACCACGCCUGCCGUACUGCCCCCCUACCCUCCCCUCGGGUGGAGGUGGAUGUUUGUUUCCACAGUUCUGCUGCCCGAUCCUUGCCUCUCGAGUCGCCGGAUCACGACCGCGAGCCGUGGGGGAUGAUGCGCUUACAGCUGCUGUCGCUUCCACUUGGGCGAGUGGUGGUCGGAUGUCCACGUGCGAUGAGCGUCAGCCCGUGCCCAAGGUUUAGAACAUUUGUGAGCCAUUGGGAAACCAAAUCACCUUGAGCGAAUUUUGCAUUUAAGGGCCCCCAACUACGUGCCACGAGAAUCCGCUGCCACGAGUGUAGAAAUGUGUGGAAUCGUCGGUAGUGAUGUUGAUUUUGUUUGUUGGGGUGAUUGCUUCCCCCCUGCGAGUCGGCGGUUAAGGAGUUAGAUGCAUUCUACCAAACUUAAAAUGUGAAUGCACCACGUUUUAAAAGAUUGCUUCAAUAAAUGGCAUUUCUCAA